UAAACAUAUUUGUGAACAUUCGAAAUAACCGAAUCUCGUUUUCGGAACGACUGUCAAAGGCUUUUAUUCGUGCAAGUCAUUUUUAACCUAUGUCAUAUUUAUCUCAUUCCCUUUAUUUUGUGAUAAUAAAUAUCUAAUUGAAUGGAUGCUACAACCACAUUGGAAACUGUCUCCUCCUUGGAACAGAACUGUGUUACUGAAGAAAAAGUGGACAAACCAUCUGAUUGUAAAAUACCCAAAACAGAGUCUGGUGACUGUGAAAACAAGGCUGAAACACCUAGUGAAGUAAUAGAAGUAAAAGUAGUGUAUAAUAAGAAUAAAUAUAAUGUUAAUGCCCCCUCAAAUACAACUAUUGCAGACUUCAAAAAGCAAUUGCAAGGAUUAGUUGGUGUACCAGUCUCAAUGCAAAAAUUAAUGUAUAAAGGACUUUUGCAAGACAACCAGACAUUGAUUAGUUCUGGCAUAACUAAAGGAGCCAAAAUUAUGUUGGUUGGUUCAACCCUGAAUGAUGUUUUAGCUGUUUCUUAUGUUACCAAACAAGAUGUUGCUGAAGCUGAAAAGGCAGCCUCUACUAAAGAACCACUAAGCAAGCAGAAAAUCCACCGUAAAGUUUUGGACAAGGGCAUUCCAGAUGAUGUAAUGCCAGGCAUUAAAAGUAAAAAUGAAAGUUUACCGCCAGUGCCAUUGUCUGGUAUGCUCAACAAACACAGCGGCAAAGUUCGUUUGACUUUCAAACUGGAAGCUGAUCAGCUUUGGCUCAGCACAAAGGAACGAACGGAGAAACUACCUAUGGGUUCCAUCAAAAACAUCGUUUCUGAACCCAUUGAGGGACACGAGGAAUAUCACGUAAUGGGAUUACAAUUAGGUCCCACCGAAGCAUCACGGUAUUGGAUUUACUGGGUCCCGGCCCAAUACAUAGAAGCUAUCAAGAACGCAGUUCUGGGUCAAUGGCAGUUGUUUUAAAGCGUCACACUAAUUUCUCAUGUGCAUCAAAAA